AUGCCGCCACGCCGUAGCACCCGUAGCAAGGGAAAGGAGACAGCAUCCGACGAUGAGCCUAUGGCGGACCCUCCUUACGUCGUGUGGUUAAAGGAGCAGAAGAAACAGGGGAAGUCGCCCCCCUCCAUCAAACGCAUAUCCAAGACCAAACGGGACUCUGCGGCCGCAUCCACCAGCGGCGCGUCACGGCUUGCUUACGAGGAUGGCGCCGAUACCGACGUCAGCGAUGACGACCUCGAGGAGAUCGUCUCGGAAUCGGAAAGCGAUGACGACUCCGGUAACGACAAGGACACAACGGACGACGAGGAGGGAGAGUCCGACGGCGAAGGGAGUCGCGACGAUCGCAGCACACGAGCGUCGAAGAAGGAGAAACGACCUAAACCGUCAAGCAACAAGAGGAAGUGGUCAGAUGCGGAGCUGACGACCCUCGCCGCCGCCAAGUGGACUACGAAGGACGAUCUCAAAGCGAUGCAGGGCAAGCAGGGCAGCCAGUAUUGGAGGAAGCUGCACGCCCACAUCGUCGAGGGGGAACCGGGGUGGAACCGCGACGAGGGGCAGAUGUCUAAUGCGUGGAAACGCCUCGAGAAGCUUUACUUCAAAACGAAGCGGGGAGAAUCGGCAAGCGGAGGCAAAGCCGUGAAGAAGAAGCCCUGGUGGGAGUACGUGUACAACUUGAAAAAACACUCGGCCAAAGCUAAGCCCCACGCCUUGGACGGCGGUGGCGCCGCCAGCGUUGACGUCGCGGCGUACGCAACUGUCCCCGGCUCCAACGACCGGGAGACUUUGGUCCUUGUCGCCGCGAUGAACAUGGCGGCGCUGCAGGCAGGCUUGCGCCUGCAGAUGGUCGCCCAGCAAGCUCCUCAAGAUGCGCCAGCCACCACCCCACCUCCGCCGCCGACAGCGGAGGAAGGAGACGCAACCAUGGCCGGGUCAGAUGAGGCGGGCGAGCAGCCAGCGCCUUAG